UUCAGAUGCUCUGCCCUAAUUUUUUUAUUUUUUUAUUGAAAAAAAGUGGGGUUGAGGAGCUCUCUUGUCAUCGUGAUUGCAAAUUAAACAGGAGAAAUAACAAUCUUGGCUGUGUACAGGAAGCUGAUUGCUGCAUCCUGACUAAUACUAUAUGGUUUUAAGCUUUUUUGAGGGAGUCUUGUGUGCAGUCAGCCAUUUUAGCUCCCCCCUCCUUUUUUUCUCCUUUUUGGUCUCAGGGAAUGCUCCUGUUUCUUGUAGAAGAAUGCUGGAUAUGUACGGUGUUGCUAGGCACCUUACCUCUGUGCAUGCUUAAGAUAUAAAGUGUUACAAAAAUGGAGGCAAAAGCUGUUUGGAUUAUAUUUCUGUACCACCAGUGUGAGAGAUUUUGUGAACGAUACUUUGAGCUUUUGGCUUGCUUCCCCCCUGUUUUUUCAUUAUUUAAUUUAUUGCAGUGGAGGUUGAUUGCUAUUCAUGAUAAAUUAGUAUAUCAUGUGUAAAUUAAGUUCGGCAUAUGUUUGUUCAUUAUGAAACCUCUUGCAAUCCCAGCUAACCAUGGAGUUAUGGGCCAGCAGGAGAAAUAUUCACUACCUGCAGAUUUUACAAAACUGCACCUCACUGACAGUCUCCACCCACAGGUGACCCACGUUUCAUCUAGUCAUUCAGGAUGUAGCAUCACUAGUGACUCUGGCAGUAGCAGUCUAUCUGAUAUCUAUCAGGCCACAGAAAGUGAAGCUGGUGACAUGGACCUGAGUGGAUUACCAGAAACAGCAGUAGAUUCUGAGGAUGAUGAUGAUGAAGAAGAUAUUGAGAGGGCUUCUGAUCCUUUGAUGAGCAGAGAUAUUGUUAGAGACUGUCUAGAAAAAGAUCCAGUAGACAGGACAGAUGAUGAUAUUGAACAACUUUUGGAAUUCAUGCAUCAAUUACCAGCUUUUGCUAAUAUGACAAUGUCAGUGAGAAGAGAACUCUGUGCUGUGAUGGUAUUUGCAGUUGUAGAAAGAGCAGGAACCAUUGUUCUAAAUGAUGGAGAAGAACUUGAUUCCUGGUCUGUUAUUUUGAAUGGUUCUGUGGAAGUAACAUAUCCAGAUGGAAGAACAGAAAUAUUAUGCAUGGGAAACAGUUUUGGUGUUUCCCCUACUAUGGACAAAGAAUAUAUGAAAGGAAUCAUGAGAACUAAAGUGGAUGACUGCCAGUUUGUAUGCAUAGCCCAACAAGAUUACUGUCGCAUUCUGAACCAAGUAGAAAAGAACAUGCAAAAAGUAGAGGAGGAAGGAGAGAUUGUUAUGGUAAAAGAGCAUAGGGAAUUGGAUCGCACUGGAACAAGAAAAGGUCACAUUGUUAUUAAGGGAACACCGGAGAGAUUAACAAUGCAUUUAGUCGAAGAACAUUCAGUAGUGGAUCCAACUUACAUAGAAGAUUUCCUUUUGACAUAUAGAACCUUCCUUUCAAGCCCAAUGGACGUGGGAAAAAAGUUAUUGGAGUGGUUUAAUGAUCCUAGCCUCAGGGAUAAGGUUACACGGGUAGUGUUAUUGUGGGUGAACAAUCACUUCAAUGAUUUUGAGGGAGACCCUGCAAUGACUCGUUUUCUGGAGGAAUUUGAGAACAAUUUGGAAAGAGAGAAAAUGGGUGGACAUCUGAGGCUGUUAAAUAUUGCAUGUGCUGCUAAAGCUAAACGAAGGAUGAUAACAUUAACAAAACCAUCUCGGGAAGCUCCUUUGCCUUUCUUAUUACUAGGAGGAUCUGAAAAGGGAUUUGGAAUCUUUGUUGACAGUGUAGAUUUGGGUAGCAAAGCUACUGAAGCAGGGUUGAAACGUGGAGAUCAGAUAUUGGAGGUAAAUGGCCAGAACUUUGAAAAUAUUCAGCUAGCGAAAGCCAUGGAAAUUCUUCAAAAUAAUACCCAUUUAUCUAUUACUGUGAAGACCAACUUAUUUGUUUUUAAAGAACUUCUAACAAGAUUGUCUGAGGAUAAAAGAAAUGGUGCUCCUCAUCUUCCUAAAAUUGGUGAUAUUAAAAAAGCAAGCCGUUAUUCCAUCCCAGAUCUUGCAGUUGAUGUGGAACAGGUGAUGGGUCUGGAAAAAGUAACAAAGAAAAGCAAAGCCAACACUGUUGGAGGAAGAAACAAGUUAAAGAAAAUACUGGACAAAACCCGCAUCAGUAUCCUGCCUCAGAAACCAUACAAUGAUAUUGGAAUUGGUCAAUCUCAGGAUGAUAGCAUUGUAGGCUUAAGGCAGACCAAGCACAUUCCUCCUGCUCUACCUGUCAGUGGAACAUUAUCAUCAAGCAAUCCUGAUUUACUGCAGUCACAUCACCGUAUCUUAGAUUUCAACACAACCCCAGAUUUACCAGAUCAGGUUCUACGAGUUUUUAAAGCAGAUCAGCAAAGUCGCUACAUUAUGAUAAGCAAGGACACAACUGCAAAAGAAGUAGUUGUUCAAGCUAUUCGUGAGUUUGCUUUAACCACCACCCCAGAUGCUUAUUCUUUAUGUGAAGUCUCUGUCACUCCAGAGGGUGUCAUUAAGCAGCGGAGACUUCCAGAUCAACUCUCCAAACUUGCUGACAGAAUACAACUUAGUGGAAGGUAUUAUCUGAAAAAUAACAUGGAGACAGAAACUUUAUGUUCAGAUGAAGAUGCUCAGGAAUUGCUAAGAGAGAGCCAAAUUUCUCUACUGCAGCUCAGCACUAUAGAGGUGGCUACCCAACUCUCAAUGCGUAAUUUUGAACUGUUUCGCAACAUUGAACCUACAGAGUACAUAGACGAUUUAUUUAAACUAAAAUCUAAAUUUAACUGUGCUAAUUUAAAAAAGUUUGAAGAAGUAAUAAACCAAGAAACCUUUUGGGUAGCAUCUGAGAUUUUGCGAGAAACCAACCAGCUGAAAAGGAUGAAGAUAAUUAAGCACUUCAUUAAAAUAGCACUGCACUGCAGAGAAUGCAAGAACUUUAACUCAAUGUUUGCAAUAAUAAGUGGUCUGAAUUUAGCUCCGGUUGCAAGAUUACGAACCACAUGGGAGAAACUUCCAAGCAAAUACGAGAAAUUGUUUCAAGAUCUUCAGGACUUGUUUGAUCCAUCUAGAAACAUGGCAAAAUACCGCAAUGUCUUGAAUAGUCAAAAUCUACAACCUCCCGUUAUUCCAUUGUUCCCUGUAAUAAAAAAGGAUCUUACUUUUCUUCACGAAGGAAAUGAUUCCAAAGUGGAAGGAUUGGUCAAUUUUGAGAAACUAAGAAUGAUUGCAAAAGAGAUCCGCCACGUGGGCCGAAUGGCUUCCGUUAAUAUGGAUCCUGCUUUAAUGUUCAGGACUCGGAAGAAGAAAUGGAGGAGUCUGGGAUCUCUUAGCCAAGGCAGUACAAACACAGCAGUACUUGAUGUUGCACAGACAGGUGGACACAAAAAACGGGUGCGUCGCAGCUCAUUUCUUAAUGCCAAAAAGCUAUAUGAAGAUGCCCAGAUGGCUCGAAAAGUCAAACAGUAUCUUGCUAAUCUAGACUUGGAAAUGGAUGAAGAAAGUCUCCAGGCACUGUCUUUGCAGUGUGAACCAGCCAGCAAUACACUACCCAAAACUCCAGGGGAAAAACGGUCUGGAAAAUCUGAAACAUCUCCUGUCACACAUCGGUCAGGGAUGCAGCAGAAGACUCAGCAGCAACAACAGCCCAAGGCAAACCAGGUUUUACAGGUUCCUGCUGUAUCACUUUAUCCUUCUCGUAAGAAAGUACCAGUAAAAGAUCUCCCACCAUUUGGCAUAAAUUCCCCGCAAGCUUUAAAGAAAAUUCUUUCACUCUCUGAAGAAGGAAGUUUGGACCGCCAUAAGAAGCAAGCAGAAGACACAAUUUCAAAUGCUUCUUCACAAUUAACGUCUCCUCCCACCUCACCCCAGAGCUCUCCGAGAAAAUGUUACAUGCUGGCUCUUAGUGGCACAGUGGAUAACUUUUCCGACUCUGGUCACAGUGAAAUUUCUUCCCGAUCUAGCAUUGUCAGCAAUUCUUCUUUUGACUCCAUGUCAGGGUCUCUACAAGAUGAAAGAAGACAGAGGCACUCAGUCAGCAUUGUCGAGACUAAUCUUGGAGUGGGCAGAAUAGAAAGAAGAGCCACGGUUGAACCAGAUCAGUACAGUUUAGGCUCCUAUGCAGAAAACAGAGGGUUCUAUGCUGCAGCAACCAUGCUUUCUUCUCCCAGUACGGAGGAACUAUCACAGGAUCAGGGUGAUCGAGCGUCACUUGAUGCAGCAGAUAGUGGACGAGGCAGUUGGACUUCUUGCUCAAGUGGUUCCCAUGACAACAUACAGACAAUUCAACAUCAGCGAAGUUGGGAAACUCUGCCUUUUGGACAUGUUCAUUUCGAUAAUUCAGGCGAUGGGGCAGGAUUGUGGGCCUCAGGCAGUCACAUGGACCCAUUGAUGUUCUCCGAUCAUGGCACAAAGUAUGGCAGGCAGAGUCAAGGUAGGGAGGGCCUUGAUCAAGCACAGUCCAGAGCAAGCUGGGCAUCCUCCACAGGAUACUGGGGAGAGGACUCUGAAGGUGAUACAGGUACCAUAAAACGGAGGGGUGGGAAAGAUGUAUCAAUUGAAGCUGAAUCCAGUAGCAUAACAUCCAUAACAACAGAGGAUUCAAAGCCGGUUCCUAUGCCAGCUCAUAUAACUAUGCCAACAAGUAAUACAAAGGGUCUUAUUGCUCGAAAAGAGGGUCGCUAUCGUGAACCACCACCAACCCCUCCGGGUUAUGUAGGAAUACCUAUUGACUUUGGAGAAGGAAUUUCUCAUCCAGUCCGAAAACCUCCAGAUUACAACGUAGCACUUCAGAGGUCUAGGAUGGUGGCACGGUCUAAUGAAGCCCCUGGGACUUCAGCUUCACCUUCACAGCAGCAAUCACAGGGUCAUUCCUCUAUCAGGCCUGUUAACAAACCUCAGUGGCAUAAACCAAACGAGUCAGACCCACAUCUUGGUCAUUAUCAAUCUCAAGGGUUUUCCACAGAGGAGGAUGAAGAUGAGCAAGUCUCUGCUGUCUAAGAAUUGGAGCUUUCGGGAUUACAAGUAAGCCAACUUUAAGGAGAGCACAAGAUGACAUCCCUAAUAUAGGAGCCUUGGAACAUUAAUUAAAGGAUGGUGGACCUGUGCCUCCUUCCCUGCCUUAAAGCAGCAUGGGCUUCUUCUCCCCUUCUUCCCCCCACCCUUCUCCCUUUGCAUGUGAAAUACUGUGAAGAAAUUGCCCUGGCACUUUUCAAACUGUGUUGCUUGAAAUGCGCAGUGCAGCAUCCUCUCAGCUAUCACUGUUGCUGUCUACCACAUCACACAGUAUCAUUCCAAAAUCAACUCGUAACUCUGACUGCACUCUCCCAUGCCUGGAAGCAUUUUAAAUUCUUUUUCCUAUCUUAAUCCUGAUCCUAGCACUUCACUUGAUUGUGAUGAAGAGAUCAACUAGUGGACAAAUAUAUUUGGCCUUUAUUAAGAAAGAAAUGUAUUGAAAUCCUUCAAGUACACAGUGCUUGUUUCUUGUUUACAAUGCCUUUGUUGCUACUCUCUCUAUAUAUUGUAUUUGGAGAGGGAUAAAAGGUUACACCUGCAUUAACUACAGUAUUAUUUUGUAUUAUUUAAGAAAGUUUGCUAGCCUGGACUACUUUAAAAAAAAAAAAAGUGAUGAUGUGGUUAACUAAAAGUGGCUUGGUUUAUAGGAAGGAUUCAGCCUUUCAAGCUUUGUUUUUAGUGUUCCACUCAAAGCACAGUUGAUUAAUUUCAGAAUUUCUGGUUUUGUUGCUUUGUAUCUCUAAUGAUGUGGUUCUAUUGACUCUUGCAAAUAAUCUGUGAAGAAAGUUAGUGUCCUUUUCCUGUGCCUUAAGGAAUACAGGAUGGUAAGUAAAAAUAUUUGUCUUCAAUUGUCAAAUGGCAAUAUCUUCUUUUGCUUAAAAUACUUACAUGAUUUUUCCAUCCUCCUCCUUGUACUAAGUAAUGGGAUUUUGUCACACAAAUAAUCAGGGUAAUGUAUUAAGGCAAUUCAGCACACACUGCAACCAGUGCCAAUCUCAAACUGUGUUGCUAUUGGCUUGGCAUUAGAAAAUAGUGAACCUUUUGAAGAAAGUAGGUGUCACUCAGCAAGCUUUUCCAGUGAACAAUUAUUCAUAAUUGUCUUUUACAGAACAUUGCAUAUAUAGAGGAGGCCAGUGGGUAUCAAUCACCUGCUUACAGCUGCUAUGAACCCUUUAGUGUUGGAAAUGAAAAUCCACCCCCUUUCUAUUUUCUGUUGUUAUUUUGGUUUUGCACAGACUCCAGAAAAGUGAAGGCUGCCAAUCCGAGUAGUACUCAAAUGUGAGGAACUGCUGUUCUUGGAUUUUUUUUUCAUUAAAUUCAGCUGAUCAUAUUGAUCAGUAGAUAAAAGUAAAUAGUAUCAACUUAUAAAGAUCAAUUUACAGUGGUUUUUCACUGUAUUGAACAAUGUCAGUGCUUUAUUUAAUCGCUUUCUUCUAUAAUCAUAGCUCUUCUCUAUUUGCUUAUAUAUCACCUUGUCAAUUAUGCAUUUGUAAUUUUACAUGUAAUAUGCAUUUGCCAGUUUCAUUAUAUAGGCUAUGGACCUCAUGUGCAUAUAGCAAAACAGAACAAACCUAGCUGUCUCACAAGUUGCACAAAUGUUAUAUAGGAAUUAAGUAAUUGUAGACCAUAGGACUGCUAAUCUCAAUUCACUCUGUGAUGUCAAGUGCAGAAUGUACGACUUACUGGUGAUUUCCUCAUACUUUUGAUACUACUUGUACCUGUAUGUCUUUUAGAAAGACAUUGGUGGAGUCUGUAUCCCUUUUGUAUUUUUAAUACAAUAAUUGUACAUAUUGGUUAUAUAUUUUUGUUGAAAAUGGUAGAAAUGUACUAUGUUUAUGCUUCUAUCCAGUUUGUAUGAAGCUGGAAUAUAAAUAAAUAUAAUGUUAAUGAUGUCUCA